AUGGCAUUGCCUCCACAGCAGUUUUGUGUAAGGUGGAACUCCUAUCAUACUAAUUUACAGGCAGUUUUCCCUCGAUUGCUACUAACUGAGCAAUUUGCUGAUGUCACACUAGCCUGUGAGUCUAAACAGUUGAGAUGCCACAAGUUAGUUCUAUCAGCUUGUUCUGCGUACUUGGAAAGACUCCUGUUGCAGAAUCCUUGCAAGCAUCCCAUUGUACUUAUGAGGGAUAUGAGGUUCAGUGAAAUGCAAGCCCUAGUUGAUUUCAUGUACAAAGGAGAAGUGAAUGUCACGCAAGAAGAACUCCCGAGUCUACUGAAAUCUGCUGAAGCUCUGCAAAUAAGAGGUCUGUGUUCCGGUGAGUCCGUCUCUUCAGCCCCGGGCUCCGCCCCCGGGGACUCCAAAGACUUCUCCGUAGCCAGCGACGCUCUCCUCGCUCACGCGAACAAGGAAACUACCGCAGCGCCACAGAAAACACCAAAAAAAAGCAAAUCAGAAGAAAGAGAUAAGACGGAUGUUAAAGAAGAGACUGUCGAAGAAGAUGGACUGUACUACGGAGAACUUGAGAACGAACAUAUGGACUAUAACGAGGACGAGGAAUCAGGCAAGCCGAGUAGUAGUUUAGGACAGACGUCAGGUCGCUAUAUACGCGUGAAACCGGAGAGCGAGUUGUUUUUCCAGAAUAAACUGAUGGAGAAUUCUGCGUAUGUCAAGAGACUAGCGAAGAUGGACCCAGCGGAAAUACAGAAAGAAUUCACCAAAUAUGGCCUAACUAAUAUCGAAGAUUUACAGAGAAACGAGAAUGAUUACUAUAAACUAUGGCUAGAACAGAACGGAGAGCUGGAAGUCUCUUUACUGAAGACGAAUCAGGUUAAGAAGAAGAAUGAAAUCAAGAAUCAGAAGUCAGAAGUCGAGCUUAUACCAAGAAAUAGAGAGAUUUACUCCAAAAUUGGGGAGAAAAUAGCAAGAAAACGCGGAAGACCGCCCAUUUUUAAGGAUAAAAACGUGGAUAUUGGUGAAACCGUGCUUAAGGCGGAUUUAGAUCAAUUCUUGGAGGGAAAAGAGGUGAGCUCUUCAGGGUUGUCAAGAAAAGAUUUAGAGAGAGUCAUGAUGGGCAAGUUUAACCCUAACAGAAGAUAUUCCAACGAAGCGAUGUGGGCAGCCCUGAUGGACGUUAAAAAAGGCGGCAGUAUAUACAGGGCGGCUCAAACUCACAAAGUUCCGCGAAAAUCACUAAGAAACUGGAUGAAGAGGUGUCAUAUAAAAUCUUCAUUCCCUAUGCCGCAACAACUGAAACAAUUUGUGGAAAACAAUAAGAAACAACGUGAUUAUCAACAUCAAGAGAACGAUAAAAGCGAUAAUGUCGACGAAAACGAAUUUGGGAAACACUUUUUAUUCAAUCAGGUGUCCAGCGAAGACGAAGUCAGGGACAAAAAUAUAGCUAGCGAUACUAACAUCGCCUUAGACAUGUCUUUACACGAAUGA